AGUUGAUCCUAAUAAAGGCAGGGACAUCACUAUAUGAAUAAGGGAGGGUGAGGGCUCACUCUUAAUGGUCCCCCUCCCAUCUUGCCAACUGAUUGGCAUACCAUUGGCUCUUGAUAGGACUCAGGAAAAAACAAGCUCUCUCCAGGAGGCUGUAAUUCUAGGCACACUCAGAAUAAGACCUAUUGAACUCUGUUGGACUUGUUCCUGCUUAAUUGGUUUGCACCAUGAAUCGGUUCCACAUUCUUUUCAGAACAUGGAGAAUAAAGAAUACUUCUGCCUUACGGCUGAUAUGAGGUCAUAAUGGGUUGCAGGCUGUAGUAACAUGACAUCACAGUCAGUUCCUUAGCAACAGUUAAAGCAUAAAUGCAAGAACAAUAGCUUUGUGAGCUCAGGCUGACACUGCUUGGCUGAGCAAGAGUGGCAGCUCUUUCCUGACCCCUGAGCCUGGAGGUGUCCAGAGCUGUGAACUUGAACUCUCAACUUGAGCCCUGGAUCCUGAGCGGCAAACAUAGGCUCAAACACUCCAGGGACUUCUCUUCAAUUGUUUAUCCUGAAGCCUUUCCAGCUUUCAUCUCAACUUGAACCAUUUAAUCAACCUGCCUCAGAAGGAUUAUCUUACAUAGUUGAGGAUUAACCAUAAAGAAUCUGAGUCCUGAAACCUGAGAAGAAGAAGAAAAAGAGGCAUAAGACUUGGCAAAGAAGACAUCGUGAGACCGAAGCAGGAUGGGAGACUGGAAACCCUACAUCAAUAGUGUCUUGAAGGACAAGAACAUCGAAGAUGUGGCUAUUGUGGGUCAUGCUGACAAUAAAUCUGUGUGGGCUUCUAAGCCAGGAGGCCUACUGGCAGCCAUCUCUCCCCAAGAAGUAGGAGUGAUCACUGGACAGGACAGGAAGGCAUUCCUGCAAACUGGGAUCACCAUCGCUGGCAAGAAGUGCAGCGUGAUCCGUGACAACUUGCUGGUAGAGAAAGAUGCUGUGAUGGACACCAGAACCAAAGGUGGUGACAGCAGGUCCAUCUGUAUUGGGAAGACGGCUAAAGCUCUCAUCUUCCUCAUGGGCAAAAAGGGAGUUCAUGGAGGAGCUCUUAAUAAGAAAGUGCAUGACUUGAUAGCAACCAUGAAGACGAAAGGCAGCUAGAGCCAGAGAUUUGGCUGAUCCACUUUUCUCCUGACUGAAGGGCAUGGGGGAAACUUUUGUUGCUUUAAAAUAAAAGGCAUUUAAUCAA